AUGGACUUCAACGCCAGCUCUACCAACACCGGUCCCCCGACGCAGGGCAUCCCUAUACCCAUACAGCUCCCGUCGCUCGAUGGCUCGUUUGGCGCACUCUUCAUUGGCAUGUGCUUCUGUAUACUGCUGUAUGGGUUGACUCUACAUCAAACCUAUCGCUACUUUCGACUUUACCCGCAGGACCGAAAGUGGUUGAAGUAUAUGGUCUCCUGUAUUUUGAUUGCGGAGACGUUGCACACGGUCCUGACCAUCCACAUAUGCUACUAUCAUCUCGUCACCAACUACUUCAACCCGAGCUCCCUCGCGGACGUCACAUGGUCAUUGAUUCUCUUGGCCCCAGUCUCGUUGAUUACCAUAUCCUUUUGUCAAGGCUUCUAUAUUCGCCGCAUAUACAUGGUCAGCACUCGGUAUCGGGUGGUGGCCCUAUUCGCGGUCGUUCUACUCGUCACCGAGUUUGGCUUCAUAAUUUACCUAACAGCGUUGGAAGGCAUAGAUCCUAGUCUCAAAACAGUAGGAAAGCUCAGGUGGAUCGUAUCCGCUAUAUACGGAAUCGCAUUUUCCCUCGACUCGAUGGUCACCGGGGUGCUCAUCACUGUGCUGCUGAAGAGCCGGACGGGCUCCAAACCCAGCACUGAAUCCAUGGUCCAGACCCUCAUCGUAUACACGAUCAACUCCGGUUUGGUUACAAGGUCUCCCCUAGUUCCACGCGAACGAUCUGCUCGCAAGGCUGAUCUUUUUGUCGUCCCCAGCAUCGGCGGCACGUUGACCUUCAUCUUCGCGCUAGUCCUUUCCGCAGACAGUAUGGUAUACAUCGCCAUGGGCGUCGCGGCCACGAAGUUGUACGCCAACUCGGUCCUCGCAGUGCUGAACACCCGACGCUCCCUAUCUGAGCACACGAUGGACGGCUUCACAACAGACACCACCGCCCGCGAUUCGGGCGCCGGCGAUAUGCUGCGGCGGCCCACCGUGAGCAUGAGCACCGUCGCGUUCGCGUCCGCCGCCGAGCACAGCACCCACCCGGUCACCAUAUCUCUACCGCCGCCGCUGGGGAAUGGAGACGAUGGGCGCACCACUACUAUGGGGGAGGUGAUGGAGCUUGAAGAGAAGGUCUAG